AUGUUUAAUCCAAUUUGUGAGGUUUUACUUAAAAUUAUUGAGGAUGGCACUGGUUCGAUCAAAGGAGAUGUAAAUUCAGCAUAUGAGACUAUUACUACAUUUGAAUUCAUUUUUGUUCUACAUCUGGAGAAAGAAAUAAUGAAGAUCACAAAUUUACUAUGCCAAGAUUUACAAAGACAAUCUCAAGAUAUAUUGAAUGCAUUGAGGCUAGUUUCAUCCACCAAAUUGCUAUUGCAAAAAAUGAAAGAUGAAAGAUGGGAUAGUUUUCUCGCUCAUGUUAAGUCAUUUUUUCUUGAACACAACAUCGAUAUCUCUGAUUUGUCUUCUUCUUACAUUAGUAGAGGGGUUGGAUCUUGUAAUAAGCAUAGCGAUCAUACACUUGAACAUCAUUAUCGAGUAGAUAUUUUCAUCGAAGCAAUUAACUAUCAGUUAAUGGAAUUCGAUCAUCAGUUCAAUGAUAGCUCGAUGAAGUUACCCCAUCUUUCAACAACUUUAUAUCCUAAAAAUUCUAAUGAUCCUUUUCGAAGUGGUGAUGUAUGUCAAUUAGUAGAAAAGUUUUAUCCUGAAGAUUUCAAUGAAACCAAGAUAAAUCUUUUGAAGAUGCAACGCCAAUAUUACGAGGUGGACAUCGUUCAACGUGAAGAAUAUAAACAAUUGAUAUCUAUUUCAAAAUUGUGUCAAUGGUUGAUAACGACUAGAAGAGCAACCAAUUUUUAUCUUAUUUAUUAA